AUGUAUUACAACAGUCUUGCAUUGGGAAACGCCAUGAGUAGAAGUCGACCAGAUCACAUACUAGACCCUAACGGUGAUGUGAUUAUCGAGUUGAGAAUAGAACCAGGAAAUGGCGCCACGAAGCCACACGAAGAGUCUUUUCAAGUGUGUUCAAGACACCUCAUACUAGCUUCUGGCUAUUUUCGCAUGAAGUUUGCAGGGCCAUGGAAAAGAGCAUACCAAUCGAGAGGCAGCCAAUGCCUCCGAGUACCUCAAGAUUGCAACAAUUUGGGAAUGUUCCUAGUCCUCAUGAAUAUUUUUCACGGCCAUUCAAGGGGUGUGCCUCGGAAAGUUAGCCUUGGGGAACUUGUCAGCUUUGCCGCCCUUGUUGAAACCUACGAAUGCCUCGACAUAGUGGGCUUUUUUGCGGAUAUCUGGAUUCGCGCACUCAAGGGCCGCCUUCCUAGAACUUUCUCAGAUACCGCAAAAAUGUGGACUUAUGUGGCAUACAUUUUUCAGGAGCCGAUUGUUUUCCAGUCGAUGACGAAGAUAGCUGUGAAACACGGCAAAAGAAUUACUUCUUCGGACCUCCUUCUUCCUCCGGAUGUCUGUUUAGAAAUCGAGAAGCAGAGAGUGGCAUUGAAUUGUCAACUUUUGAUAUUCCUUAAGCGCACAGUUUUGAGGCUGCAAGUGGAAACUUCAUCGAAUAACUCCGGAUCUGCUGGAUUGACCCUUGGAAUAUUAUCUGCACGCCUCGCCGACCUCCGCCUUCUAAACCGCCGACCAACCCGCCCAUUCUACCACGAAAGAAUCACAACAUAUCUCGAAGCCCUGGAACACGGAGUUAAAGGCCUGCGGUUGUGUGAUGCCCGAACAUGA